AUGGCGCGGGAGCUGAGCCAGGAGGCCGUGCUGGACUUUCUCUGGGCGGCCGGGGGGCGAGCCCCUAACUCGGCGCUGCUCCGCCACUUCCAGCGCUUCCUCCGCGACCCGGCGCUGACGGAGCAGCAGCGGCGGGAGCGCCGCGAGUACUUCAAGAGCCUUGUCAACUCUCUGGCCACCGUCCACCCAGCCGCCGCCCCCGGCGCCUCCAAGGACAUCGUCCUCCGCCGCAGGUACCGCGACCUCCUCGAUGAGGAGCUGCCGCCGCCGGAGGAACAGCGGGAGGAGGCGAGGAAAGAGCCGGAGCCGCCGCCGCCCCGACGCGACCCCGACGGGCGGCGCGGCCCCCGCGGGGAGGCGGCGGAGCAGGGGCAGCCGUGUGGGAGGCAGCCCCCAAGGAGCACCGCCGUGUCGGGGGGCUGCUCCGCCCGGGGCCGCGGCGGUCCCUGCUGCGAGUGCCGCCGGGCGCGCCGCGCUGCAGCCGCCGCACCGCCCCCGUACCGGACCCAGCCGCUGUCCUCGGGGCCCUGGGCGCCCCGUCCCGGCGGCACACCGCCCUCCCGGCCCCCGCUGCUGGCCUCGGCUCCUGGAGCCCUGGCCCCUGCUAUGCCCCCCCGGUCCCCAUCGCCGCCGCUGCCUGCCGCCGGGCCGCCCCCUGCCACACCGUCCCUCUCCCGGUCCCCACGGCUGCCGUCGGGCCCGGGGCUGCCUCAGCCCCAGUCGUCGUCGCAGCCCCCGACCAAGAUGCCCCUACUGAGGGCCCCAGCGCCCUCAGCAAGCCUGAGGGGGCGACCCCCCAUGGGACCUUCCCAGUCCCCGCUGCUGUCAUCGGGCCCCAGGGCGCUGUCCCCCACCGAGUUGCCUCCAUCCCGGUCCCUGCCGUUGCUGUCCGCGCCCGUGGAGCUGCCCCCAUCCCGGUCUCUGCCGUUGCUGUCCGCCCCGGGGGUGCUGCCCCUGUCCCGGUCCCUGCAGGCACUCCCUGCCAGCCCCUCCCCAUCCUCACGGCUUUUAUCAGACCCAGAGGUGCUCCCCUCAACUAGGCUGCCCCCAUCACAGUCCAGGUCCCUGCAGCAGCUCCCCACCAGGCCAUCCCCAGCCCUGCCGAGGGGAUCCAGGGGGCUGACCCCGAACGGACCAACCCAGUCUCAAGUCCUGCUGCUGUACCCACGCCAAACCCUCACACUGCCGUCAGGUCCUGAGGUCCUACCCCCUACCAAGCUACCCCCAUCCCAAUCCCUGCCGCACUCCCCCACUCAGCCAGCUCCAUCCCGCUCCCUGCAGCCACCCCUUUCCAGGCCACCUCCAUCCCAGUCCUUGCAGCCAGCACAGGGUCCCGCAGUGCCUCAAGCCCCAGAGGGCUGUCCCCCAGCACCACUGCCUGUCUUCAGGAGCAUAAGGUGCCAGCUCGCUUUGUCGGAGGUGCAGAGCACUCCGCUGCCCGAGGACUGUGGGCGGCAGCCCCGCACCGCGCUCUCCAAGAGCUCCCCUAGGAAUGCCCUAAGCCGGGGGCCGUCGGUGCCACUGGGACAGCGGGAGCAUGCCUGGCUAGUGGCGAUGUCAGCGGGGUGCUGGGCACGGGUGCGGGGGCUCUUCCUGGAAGAGCCGGAGCUGGCCCUGCUGCGGGACUUCAUGUCAGGCUUUACGGUCCUCCACUGGCUGGCCAAGCACGGCGACGGGCCCGGCCUGCAGGAGCUGGCAGUGGCGGCACGACAGGCGGGACUGGCCCUGGACGUGGAUGCCCGCUCGGGCUGCGGGUACACGCCGCUGCACCUGGCUGCCAUACACGGCCACCAGCUUGUCAUCAAGGUGCUGGUGCUGCAGCUCGGCUGCCAGGUGCAGGUGCGGGACUGCAGCGGCCGCCGGCCCUGGGAGUACCUGGGCGGCUCCACCUCGGGGGAGAUCUGGCAGCUCCUCGAGGCACCCCGUGGCAUAAUUAUGUUCCCCACGCAGCCCCUGGCCCGCAGCGUGUCCUCUGUCAGCAAGGUCUCGCUGUCCACUGGCAGGGCAGCGCUACCCUCCUGCCUCAAGGUGCAGCAUGGCCGUGGGGCGGCAUCCCACCGAUCCAGCAGCGAGAGUGACUGAGGGAUGGCUCCCUGGCAUCCCCUGCCAGUGGAGACGGGACCUUGGGGGCCCUCCUGC